AUGGAGCCGCGGUUGCUGCUGCUGGCCGGCCUGCUGCUGCUGCUGCUGCGGAGGGCCGGGGCGCAAUACGAGAAGUACAGCUUCCGCGGCUUCCCGGCCGCCGAGCUGAUGCCGCUGCAGAGCGCCUACGCCUACGCGCUGGAGCAGUACGAGGGCGAGGGCUGGAAGGAGAGCGCCCGCUACCUCGAGGCCAGCCUGCGCCUCCACCGCCUCCUCCGCGACAGCGAGGCCCACUGCCACAAGGAGUGCGCCGGCGGCGGCGGCCGGGAGCUCUGGCUGGGCGAGCUGGGCGCCCAGAGCGCGCUGCUGGGGCUGGGGGAGCUGCUGGACGACGGGCUGCGGGAGAUGGACCUUUUCGGCCGCGUCCUGCAGCGCGCCUCCUGCCUGCGGCGCUGCAAGCGGGGCCUGCCGGCCUUCCAGCUCCGCUACCCGCCGGCCGACACCCUGCGCGACUUCCAGCGCCGCAAGCCUUACCUCUACCUGCACUACGCCCUCUACAAGACCGUUUUUGUGCGAGCCGUGAAGCUGUAUAACAGCGGGGAUUUCCGGAGCAGCAUCGCUGACAUGGAGCAUGCAUUAGCGGAGUACUACAAGGUUUACGAGAACUGUCUGGCUGGCUGUGAAGGCGGCUAUGAGCUCCGUGACUUUAAGGAUUUCUAUCCCGCCAUUGCAGAUCACUUUGUGGAAGUCCUGCAGUGCAAAGUGGAUUGUGAGGCUGACCUGACCCCAAACGUAGGUGGCUACUUUGUGGAGAAGUUUGUAGCCACAAUGUAUCACUACCUUCAGUUUGCGUAUUACAAGUUGAAUGACAUCAAGAACGCCGUUCAGAGUGUGGCCAGCUACAUGCUCUUUGACCCUGGAGAUGAGGUUAUGCAGCAGAACCUGGUCUAUUACCGCUUCUACCGUGAGCGCUGGCACCUGGAAGAGGAAGACUUCAACCCCCGGCCGGAGGCCUUGCGGUACCACAACCAGACAUCUGCGCAGAAAAAACUCUUGGAGUUUGCCAGGCAAUACCUUCAGUCAGAUGAUGAGGCGGAGGUGGGCGACGAGGAGGAGACGGAUUCAGAGUUGCCAUCAGACGCCGAGUUCGAGGGGCUCGGGGACUAUGAAGAAGGGUUCCUGGCCCAGUGGUGGCAGGAGCCACGGUCCAAAGGCGACAGAGCAGAUGAAGGUCACUGAGGGCAAGAUGGAGGGCUGGCCUUGCA